AUCAGAACCGGAGAUUACACACAUCCACGCAGCAGCGUCCGACAUGAUGAAGCCCGUCUCGGUCCAAUCCAGCAUGAAGCUCCUGCUCACUGCACUGUGUGUGGCAGCCAUGAUCUCAGCAUCUCAGAGCUCAACUCCAACCACCUCAACAACUUCUGACUCCACCCCCACCACUGGCUCCACCCCCACCACUGACUCCACCCCCAAGCCCACCUCCUUGAGCACAGCGCCAUCUUCUGCUACUGUGAACUCCUCAGUGACAGCGUCGACUUCCGGAUCUACCGUCACUUCCAGCAGCGUGGCUACGCCUACAACUGCAAAAGGCGGAAGCGGGAGCGUCUGUGCGUCACGUGAUGUCCUGUUCGCGCAGCUGUUGGUGAUGUUGACUGUGGUGAUGAGCGCCACCUAAAGGCCAAACCCCGCCCCCCACACACUGCCAUCCCACCCUGAACACGUGUUCAUCAUGUUGCAUGCGAGCAUGAAAUUUAAAUAAUUACCGUUUAAUUAUUUUAAUAGCUUUUUAAAGACCUGUUCACCUUUUUAAAGACCUUCCCACUUAUUUCAUCAUUAUUAUUAUUAUUAUUAUUAUUAUUAUUAUUAUUGUACAACUGCAUUAUUAAUCUCUUGCUUGGUAAAGGCUCGUAAAUAAUUAAUUAAGCUGCCUAAUAAUCAACAAUAAAAAUAUUACUUUCAUUAUUUUGUAGCUUAGGCACAUUUACACAAAUAUACAAGUAACAAUAGCCCCUUUUUAUUGCUUGAGACCAAUUAUUAAAUUAAAAUGAGCAGAAAUUCCUGAUGAGACAUGGCAGGGGCAAUGCAUGAUGCUCUGUAAAAAAUAAAUAAAUAAAUAAUAAACAACUAACAAACAAAACAACAACAAAAAGGAUAAUCUGAUUACUAAAUGCAUACACACUGUGGUACUUUGCACAGGACAAAAACUGAAACCAUGUCAGGACUUUUGAAAUAAAGGAUCCUUUACCUUUUGGGUUUUGUUUGUUUGUUUUUUCCAUAAAAUAAUGUAUGAUAUCAUAGUUCAGAUUAGCUACAGUUCUGUGCAUGGCACAUUUCUUCUUGCAUUAUUAAAUUUAUGUUUUUAAUCUUUCUUAAAUAACCUCAAUAAUAAUAAUAUUGAUUAAAAUAAUAUUUAAUCUUUCUUUUUAACCUUUAACUCUGGAUUCACAUCCAUGGCUCUUGAGACAGUCUGCUGAUGUGCUUUCCAUGUUGUUGUAAACCAAACCCUGCUGAAACCUUUAGUCCAGUGGCUUUGUUUUGGGUCAAACAUGUCAGCAAAAUGUGCAUUUUCCAUUGACGAAGCCCUCUUUCACCCUCACCUUAUCAGAAAGAUCUUCAAAACAGGACACAUUCCUUCUUGAACUGCUGUGAUUUCACACCGUCUCAGAUCCAAUAAUUGAGAAUCUGCUGUCAAACAGUCCAGAUCCAUUUCACUGACCGACGAGUUUACUUUUAGUUUCAAUCAGUGACAUGAUAAAAUGUGUCCACAGCACACCCCAGUUAAUCAGGAAGUCAUGGAUUACAGCUUGGACAUUCCGGCACACUCCAAUCUACUCGGACAUGUACAAUUUAAAUGAGAAACGUGCUUCAUGUACAUUGUGUUUGUUAUCAUUUUCAAGGGGUGCCAAUAAUAGUGGCACAUGUGCUUUUGUUGAAAAUAAUAAUGUUUUGAU